UACAGGAUCAUUACCAGGCAUGCCAGCUCCUUCAUUGCCUCCGAAAAGGCAAUCGAAAUCCAAAAGUGAAGCAGAGAGCUCGACCAAGACAGCUACCACUUUGGAUAAACAGCUGUCUGCUCUGUUUGCAAGCUUGUCAAAUAGUUCCGACUUGAACCCUUUGAUCGAUUUGACAUCAAUAUUGCGGCAACAUCUUGUCGAAAAGAUCAAUGAGAAACAUAUCAAUUCUCUUCGAAAAGGUGUUCAAUUCUUGGUCAGAUCGUUCCAAGCCCUUUUGAAGGAAGAUCGGAUAUCACUAAGAAAUGUCGACCUUGAUGGAAAGGUACAAUUAGGGUCUGAGAGUGGGAAUGGACCAGAGCAUCAAGUUGCGAAAUGGCUACAAGAUAGAUGGAAUGAUGCCGUUUUGCUUUUGAACCAGCUGCUACACUGUGUUGAUGAAGAAGCGAGACUCUUAGCACUUCACUCGCUCAUGUCGUUGCAAAGGGAUGCAUCCUCGUCUCUGACUAGGGAGGUAGAGAGGGAUAACGCAGAUGCUGCAGAAGAAGUCUCAGAAGUAAGAGUACAAUGGUCUCAAUCACCAUGGGACUCUUUCACGCUCUCUGUCCUCACCAAUGAAGGAGGUGAAAUCGAACAAGACGUGAUCGGGGAGUUUACCGAAAAGUAUCUGCAAGAAUAUGAUGAUGUCCGCUUCGCCUUUUGUCGGAAAGUCUCAGAUUUUCUUCAAGGUAAAGCAAGUGUAGAUCCAUCUCUUCUUACAAAUACGCGCAGAAAGGCAGCAGAGUUCAUGAUUGGUGUAACGGCCAUCCCUACCAAGGAUGAGCACAUCAACACCUUUCUCGUACCAGAGAUUGUGAAGAAGAAGAGAAAGGCAUCUGCUGUCAAGACGAAUGGUAGCAAGAAAGGCAAGAAAGUUGAUGACGAAGAUGAAGAGGAGGAGGAAGAGAUGGACGAUUGGUUUUCCGAUAGUGAUGAUGAGGGCGGUAAAGGAAAAGUCAAGAAAGAAAAGAAGAACACAUCACUCAAGAGCACGGCUUCAGGAUUAGGAUCUGCUGCUCGUUCUGCUGCUGAUGCAGCAUCCACAAGACAGAGGCUACGUCGCAAUCCACCUUUUUAUCUUGCUGUACAAUCAUAUACAGCUCAAAAGGCGGCCUUUGCAAGAGCUUGGAUAUCGAUCGUCUUGGCAACAUGGGUAGGCAAAUCGAAUGCUGUCAUGCUUGGAGGAUCUUUGGAAGUGACGAUGAAGCAUGAAAUUUUGGUUCGCAUGCACGUUCAGAUUAUACCUCACUUACCUAAACCAAGCCUUUUGCACGAUUUCUUGGUUGAUGCUUUGGAUGCUGGAGGUGCAACAGCUUUGCUGGCUCUAAACACUUUGUUCACCUUGAUGACAAAACACAAUCUCAACUAUCCCGCAUUCUACACUCGAUUGUACGCCUUGUUACUUGACGAUCCGCCGUUCUUGCAUGUUCGAUUCCGAUCAAGAUUCUUGCGACUACUCGAUACAUUCUUGUCUUCUACACAUCUUUCCGCAACUUUGAUCGCUUCUUUCGCUAAACGGCUAUCUCGAGCAGCUUUGCGAGCCCCGCCAUCAGCGAUCGUGGUGGUAGUUCCAUUCGUCUGGAACUUGUGCAAACGACACAAGCGUUGUUUGAACUUGAUCCAUAGGAACUUCAGCGAAGAUCGUUUCGAUCAAGGACCAGCAGGAAUAGAAGACCCAUACGAUGCUCUAGAAGUUGAUCCGUUGAAGACAAAUGCAAUCGAUUCGUCUCUGUGGGAAAUUGCUGCAAUGGGGUCUUUGUUGGGCGCUUCUUAUCAAACUACAGCUGGGGUGAUGGACGGUGAAGGUCAAGCGCAUUACUUGGCAAGCGUUUCUUCCCUGAGUAAGAUUCUGGCUGAGCCUUUCACGAAAGAAAGAUAUGGCUUGGAAGAUUUCCUGGAUCUUACGUAUACCACAAUGUUUGAAACAGAUACCAACAAAACCCUCAAAAGACGUGAAGGUAAAAAGAUUUAUGAGCCUGCUGUGGCUUCUGAUCUUCCAAGGAAUGCGAAUGGUAAACGUGCCCUCACAUUCGCAUCUGGCGGUACUGAGUAUGAAGAUGCUCAACAAGUAAAGAAGACCAAGCUGGUCGAAGGUGAAGAAGAACAAGACGUGGAAACCGUCGAACAAGAAGAUGAAGAGUUACGUGAGGCACGUCAAGCGAUCAAAGAGGCGACUGAGAAAGAGCAAAGCAGUGUGCUUAAUCGUAUCUUUGUCUUUUAGAUUCAUAGAGAGAGGGUAUCGUUUCGAUUGCACUAUUGUACACUAUGCAUUACAUCAUGAUUAAUAAUUUUACAGUUCCGCAC